AAACAAAAGACUAGGCUUGUUAUCUGCACUGGUUCAUUGAGAUAACUGCAGGAGGUUCGCCUUUGAGUAAAACCUCGAGCCACCGUAACUGUGAUUAAACAACAAUGUCUUCGGCUGAGUAUCUGAGAGAGUUUGUUAACGAGAGACUGACUGCUGCUGCUGAGGAAAUAUUCAGGGUUAUUAAAAGGACCAUCGUCGUGUACGAGGAGGAGCUCGACCAGCAGCGCAGACUGCUGGACAUCGUUUGGAAACCAGAAACAGAGUCACACAGUACAGAGCUCCCAUAUCAACAUGUCUGUAAGGAGGAGGAGGUUCUAGCUGACCAGCAGCUCUGUGUUCAGGAGAGGAGCUCCGGUCUGGACCCAGAGCCUCCACAGAUUAAAGAGGAACAGGAGGAACUCUGCACCAGUCAGGAAGGAGAGCAGCUUGUACUGAAGCAGGAGACGGAUACCUUUCUGUUGAGUCCUCCUUGUGAGGAACGUGACCACAGUGAAGAUCAGACUCUGAACUUCAAUCCUGACGACUCUCAAAGCGCAACAGACAAAGAGUCUGCUGUCAACAUACCAGUGAUAAUCUCUGUGGUAUCAGAAGCACACAGUGACCACCAGCCCCUCUCUCACAGCUCUCAUGUUGCUGAGAGCCAAGAACAGAAAGGAAGCCAGCGUGAAGACUCAGGAUCAACGAGAAAUGCAGAGCUUAAACCCAAGAAAAAACACCAUGAAAGCAACGUAUACAACUCUACCAUGUCAAACAUUCACCGCAAUACUCACACUGCUAAAAAGUCUUUCAAAUGUGACACUUGUGGGAAAGCUUUCAAGUUUAAGGCAAAAUUAAACGUACACUACAAAAUCCACACAGGUGAGAAACCAUAUAUUUGCAAAACAUGUGGGAAAGCUUUCAGACGUAAUAACGACUUGACAGUUCAUACGAGAUCGCACACAGGCGAGAAGCCAUUCACAUGCAAGACAUGUGGAACAGCUUUCAGAUAUAAUAGUGACUUAAAAGUGCACACGAGAAUCCACACAGGUGAGAAGCCAUUUGCAUGCAAGACAUGUGGGACAGCUUUCAGACAUCACAGUGACUUAAAAGUACACACGAGGAUCCACACUGGUGAGAAGCCAUACCUUUGUAAGAUCUGCGGGAAGAGAUUUUGUGUGGUGUCCACUCUGACAAAGCACAUGAGAGUCCACACAGGUGAGAAGCCGUACCUCUGCAAAACCUGUGGGAAGAGAUUCACUGUCAUAUCAGCAUUGAAUAGACACGUCACAAUCCACACGGGCAAGAAGCCGUUUCCUUGCAAAACAUGUGGGAAAGCUUUCAUGUGCACAGCUCACCUGACAGUCCACAUGAGAAAUCACACAGGUGAGAAGCCGUUCCUUUGCAAGACCUGUGGGAAAAAAUUCACUGACAUAGCAGUGUUGAAAAGACAUAUUAUAAUCCACACAGGUGAGAGGCCAUUUACCUGCACAACAUGUGGGAAAGCUUUCAGACAUAAAAGUCACCUGACAGUCCACAUUAGAAUCCACGCUGCUAAGAAGUCGUAACUUUGUGUCUCAAUCCAUUGGGAACCUGUCCUCCAGUGUAAAGCAUUCUGCCCACAAUCUGGGUGUCAUCUUUGACUCUGAGCUCUGUUUCGAAAUACAAAUAACCAAGGUUGUGCAAUCGUGCUUUCAUCAAAUUACAAACAUUUUAAAAGUAAAACAUUUUUUUAUCUCAAGCGGACCUUGAAAAAGUUUUUCAUGCUUUUAUCUCAUGACAUCUUGAUUGAAGGAAACUGGGCAUUUUCCGUCAGAGCCCCACAGCUGUGGAGCUCCUUACCUGAGGAACCUAGGUUGGCACACUCAGUGUCGUUGUUGAAAACACUCCUCAAAACAAACUUUUACAGGAAGGCAUUUUUUUAACAGUAAAUCUGUUGUGUGUCUUAGCCUAUGAUCAAUGUUUUAUUGCUGUUUUUAUCUUGAUGGUGUAUACUGUUUUAUUUGUCUUAUAAAGCACUUUGUAACUGUGUUUUGAAAAGUGCUUUACAAAUGAAGUUUAUUGUUAUAAGGCAUAUAGGAUCUCAUAGAGACAAGCUGCCUUGUGUUUGUAAAAUGUGAAAGAUGAUUCAGUUCUGGUUCUCGGGCAGAACACACAAAGUCACACAAGUGAGGAGUUACAUAAUUGCAGCACUGACUGAAUAAAGUACGAUUCCCCAUUUAGAGACGGUCACAAUAUGUUGAAGUAUCUUUUUAAAAAUACCAUCAAGUUUUAUUGAACUAACCCUAAUUUUUAUUAAAAUUUCUAUUGUCAACAGCAUUUUAUUUAAACAAUCUGCCAGUUUUUUGAAAAAUCUUUGUUACACAGCGAGUGUAUCAAGUCCAUGUCCUUGCAAAUAGA